ACAUCGGGAUCGGUCUUUUGCAUACGGGUCUCUUUAAAAUGGAUGCGCCCUGUAUAAAUGCGAAUUGUGAAUGACAUUGACGAUGGAUCCUAAAAGUAAUGAUAAAUCAGUGGAUUUUAAGGAUAAAGUAGACCAACGAAAUGAAAAGUUUCAAUCGCCUGGAUGGAGAAAGUUACCGAGUACGUCCGCAUUCAGGGCGAUCAACUUUGAACUCUACGCCAAACCUAAUCUGAUGGUCAUGGGACCGGGGACCAUGUUGUUUUUGGGAUGCAUCGGUUACAUAAUCUACAUGAGAAUGAAGGAAGAUAAAAAUAGCUACACCGCUAUGAAUGAGGACGGAACCUUGACAAAGAGACCAAAGACCUCAAAGUGGGACUAAACUCUGUUCUUUUUUAAUUUGCACACUACAUUUCAACUUCAUCAGACGUUUUCACGCCAGACACGUGUUGUUAAGACGGAUCGUACGUGUUGAUCUUGACUUUGAUCUGUGUCAGAGCAUCUUCCUUAAAGCGGUCCUGAAAACCUUGGCUAGCGAAGUUGGAAUGAGAGGACUAGUGAUACACUGUAUAUAUUGUGGUGAUUUUGUGAGAAACUGUUUGAUACUGUGAAUGGCAUGCUUCCAUUUCAUUAAUAAAACCCGCGUACCGUAUUUUAGAGUGUACAGUAUAUAUUUUUCUUAUAAAAGAGAUAAAUGAAA